UAGGCUGUGCUGUAACACGAAGUGGCCAGCAGGGUGUGGUGAUGGAGGUGGUAAUACUGAGAGCGAGAGCCCAACUGAAUCGUCUUGUAUCGUCGGGUGAGAGGCGCGCGGGGGGCGGGGAGCGCUCGCCCCGUGCGGAGGGCGGUGGCGGGGCGGCGCGGGGGGGCGCGGGGCGCGAGCGCAACAUGGCGCCUGCCGCGCCCGCGCCGGCGUCCACCGCGCCCUGGCUCAACGCCACGCUCGUCUACAACGCCACCCGGCUCAACGCCACUUUCGACACCGACUUCGAGCUCCUCAGUUCGAACUCCACCGACGAACAUCACCACUGGUUUUGCGCCAAAUGGACCAACGCACAACAAGAUCUCUUUCAGGCGGCAAACUUGUGCUUUGCGAUCGCGUUCCUAGCGCCGAAGAGCUUCAAGCAGAGCAUCCUGGUGCUACGCGCGCUGGCGGCGGCGGGCGCGGUGCUCAUGGGGCUGUGGGCCGGCGCCGAGGUGUGCGCGCCUGACGUGCUCGCCUGGAGUCUCGCGCUCGUGCUCGUCAACUCUAUACACACUGUCUUUCUUAUUAUUAGGUUUCUUCCUCCAGCGCUAUCCCUCGAGCUCACAGAUCUAUACUUGAAGCUGUUCAAGCCUCUGAAAGUGAACAAGAAGCACUUCACGGAACUCACACGCGAAGCGAGGAUAGUGCGGCUCGAGCCGGGCGAGGCCUACGCGGUCGAAGAAGUCACGCCGGCCGACGAGAGACUGUCUAUUCUUCUUAAGGGAAAGAUGCGAGUGAGCUGUGAUGAAACACAUCUCCACUACAUACAGCCUUACCAGUUCGUUGAUUCGCCAGAAUGGGAGGCCAAUCGCGAACAAUCAGACGACGUCUUCCAGGUGAGCGUGAUUGCGGAGGAGGUAUCCACGUGCGUGUGUUGGCCGCGCAUGCGCCUGGAGCGCGUAUUGCGUCACCGCCCGGCACUCAAGGUCGUUCUCGACUGCCUUAUAGGCAAAGACAUAACACAUAAGCUGUACUCGGUGAGCGAGGGCCUGGGCGCAGGGGUGGGGUCGGAGCACGAGGGGCAGCCUGCCCACCUCACGCGCUCCGCCAGCGUGGACGCCGUGCACGAAGGCACGCGCGGCCGUCUGCGCAGCAACGCGUGGCGAGCGCGAACCACGCUCACUAAAGGGACAUCAUACUGGCAACCUAUGGUCGCCCGUCAGUUCCUACAGCAAUCACCAUUCGGGCGCAUAGCCCAGCCACCGCGACUGCUGGCGCAAGCGUCGUCAGCGAGCCUACAGCCGGCGGCAGCGACACGGCGCCGCAGCCCUCCGCGGCGGACCACGUCGUUCCGCCGCGGCAGGGAGGUGAAGUUCGCCGAGAUGACGAUAGCGUCCGAGCCGGCCGUGUGACGCGGGCCGCGGCUCCAGCCCGAGCUGGUGCCGCUCGUCUCGCCACAUACAUUCUCGCCCACACACACGUCGCCGUCUCUCAAGACGCCCUGACCGUUAGCCGAGCGAACGGAUUCGCCUCGUACCACUGAUUUCUAGCAAGCCUUCAUCAUUCACUGUGAAGUUACCCCCGGUGCCCUUGCAAUCGAGUGCUGCAUUUUAACAAUAAAUAGUUAGUGAAAUGCGAAAGAUAAGAAUUUCCAUUAGUGAUUUCGGUUCAUUCACAAAAAGAGCUUCCUGUUAUAAAAUAUUCAAUAUUUAUUUUGUUACUUGUAUAACGAUUUCUCGUUCGCUCGAAAUAAGACUCGUACGGCGGAACUUUGAUAAAAAGCCUGCCAAGGCACUGAUCUAACAAAGUGGAAUCCUAGUGUAAGUUGAAUAUGAUAAUUUAAUGAGUGCCGGUGUCAUUGUAAUUGUGUGAGUAGUCUAGCGGCAAUGUAUCAACUGUGUGCAUUACAGUGUACAUAAUUACUAAACGCUCAAGUAUCUACCCGAAAGAACACUACGCUAAAGUGAAAAAUUUUAUAAUUGCAAAAUAAUGCGAAGAGAGCGAUAUUAGGUACAUAAUACUGAUAGAUUAAUGGAAUUGUAAUUAUUGUACCUAAUUUUUUAGCAAUUGAUAAUUCAAAUGUGGAAUUCUAAAAGUAUUUUAAUGUUAAAGUAAUUAAUUGUUUAUUAGUGGUAAGAUGUGUUAAAUUCGUGAUAAAAUAUUAAAGUUACUAUGCGAGUUUAUAUUUAGUAUUCAUCAAAAAAAAUGCUGCAUAUUUUCAAGUUCCGUAUUGUGCGAUAAUUGUACGGAUGAAUUUCAGGUGAAACCUUAAGUGUUGUUUAAUUAUUUUUGCAGAAAACGAUGUGGGUAAUGCGCCUAUCGUGUAAUUAAGUGCAAGCAGCAAAGUUCCAGUGAUACCAUCUACAGCACUGUAUUCUGAUAUCGUAGCAUGACGUCAACACUGCUGGUAAUUGCUGUGCCUAUUCACUAAUUACCGAUGGCUGGAACUGAUGUUUUUGCUAAGCGUACCUUCUGUAUUUUCACAUUCAAACGGCUUCUCAACAACGACAAAAAUAACAAUCUCUAUAGCUAUUAACCAAAAGGUAGGCACCGAAUGUUCUACACUUCAUAAGUUAAGCUUGCUUGAACUGAAACUCUUCGCCAAUCAUUUUCUUUUCAAUCACACCUACUUUAUCUUUUCACCAUUUGAGUGGAUUGGGUCAAUUUAUAGAAAAUAUCAAACCACAUACGUAAGCGUUUGUUGCUAAAAUGGUAAUUUAGUGAACAACGAAAGAGGUGUUUUGUGUGGAAAUUAUAAAAUAUUUUAAAAUAAAACUGAAAACUACAAAAUGGAAAUGGAUUUACUGACAAUACAUACCUAAUUAUUUAUAUAUCUGUUCUUAAUUAUUUAUUUUAGAUAUUGGUAUAAUAAUUUUACGUGCAUCAAUAAGAUUUCUUCCCUCGCUGUAGCCUAAAACUUCUUAAACAAACAGAAGGUAAAUUCACUUCUUUCUUUUUUCUACCAUUGACUUAACUCGUUUUGUUCUUUAAUUCACUUUUCCUAUGAUUCAUUGACAUCGACCAAACAGUGUUAGUACCUAGCUAGACGUCUUUCGUGUCUCGUCAAAUGUUAUAGAUAUCCAUGUUCUAACAAAAGAAAAUACAUAUUGGAACAUUUAUGUGGAUCACAUCUCUUAAUUUUCAUAUGAUUUACGUACCUGCCUAGAAAUCUUUUAAACACUUAAAUUAUUACAUAAAAAUAAUAGUUAGAAGCAACUUGUUUGAAUACACCACAACAGAAUUUAGAAUUGCUAUUAACUUUUAAGAACUGUUCUAAUGUUCAAAUUGCACAUUUGGAAUAUCUCACAAACAAAAAAUAUUCAAAUUCAUCUAAUUGCUAAGAGCUGAGCUUUUAGUCAAUGUAUUUACUCAUUAAUUGUAAGCGUCAACGGGACACAUAAUCGUUACCUCUCGAAAUAAGUGUCAUAAAAACAUCUAAAUAGAAAAUGACCCAAACAUUACAAGUUGAGAAGAAUGCCAGUAUUAAUGGAUUUAAGGGGGACAGAUUAUACCUAAUGACUGAGGUCCCGGCAGGUUCUGUGAUGCUUGGGUCAGUCACUCAGUAUCAUAAUACACAUAAUUGUUCAACUCGAUGUUUAGUUGAUGUUGUUGCUUCACUAUACUUGUACGGUGUCAGACUAAAUGAGCAUGUAGUUCGGUACUUACUAUACUUAAAUUCGUCGGAAUAUACUGACGACGACAAAUACGUAAUUUAAGAGACCGUACAACGAGGAUCAAGUCAUCACUUCACUAUUAGAUAGGUAAACUUAUUACAAGAUAUACGUGCUCUAAUUUUGAUAGACUACGGCAACCAGAGAGAACUUCUUAAUAAUAAGGAAUAAAAAAAAUAGAUAUGUAACAAUACUUUUCUGAUAAAAAUAUUGCAAACGUAUUUUUAUGUUUUGUAACGUGUUUAAAAUUGGCAAAUUAGCAGCUGUGUCAAGUUAAGAAAUUGAUAGAGAUACUAUUUUCAAUGUCAUUUAAAUACAAACAGGAGUAUUUCUGGGCAUUAGUCGCUCAGUCUUAUAUUAGCAGGGUCAUUCAUUUACAAUUAAUUCUAUAAUGAUAGAUCUUCCAACAUUAUGCAAUCUUCCAUUUUCCUUUAGGUCAACUUAAAAUUAUAUCUGUUAGACAUCUUUACUAGGUAAUUGCUUCCCUUUUCAGUCUUCCAGCAUGUUCUUUUUAACAAUGUCUAGAUGUAUCUAGGACAUAGGGCUGUGUUAAAAAAAAUUCAACCUUAAACGCUCCUCCAACAAAGUCCAUCAAUACCAUUACAUCCUAAUUGUACGGUGUCUGUCGCGAAUACAUAUCGUUCUUCGUCUUGUCUCGUCUUGUUAGUUCUUUCUCUAAUGGUGUAGUAAUGUUCUCGGUGGGCUAUUUUUUUGAUUAAAGCAGUAGUUUGUACGUACAGUUUCGGUAAUACCUACAUUAAGUCACUCCACAUUGUCACCGUCAUCAUAGCCGUAAAACGCUUUGUUAACGACUUAACUAGAAGCAAAAGACGAUCAGAGAAUUGUGUGAUAUUGGAAACCUAUCUUACAUUGAAAUUACCUAACUCUGCAGAAGGAGAAUGAAAAAGCUACGCUUCAAAACGAUGUCACAUUGUUCUCUACGUUUCUUGCAAAUUACAAAAAUGUUGGCCUUGCUCUUAUGGUGUAAUAAAAUAACAUUAUAAAAGGCUAGUGAAAUUUUGAUAACUAAAUACCAACUAGACUUGAAAUUAUAAAUUGAUAAGGUAAAUCAUUAUGACAUUAUUGAGUAUUAAACAUGUACUUACACGGAGUAUUUCAUGUUCAGACGCUUUUUGGAUUUGUGUGUCAUAAGUUUGAUAAGGAUUGGGUAUCACAUGCUUAAGACGACUUCGGAACAAGUGAUUUGAUGUUAUCACAGGAAUUGAAACAGGACAUCCAGGUCCGCUCUCACAGUUGCAGUAGUUCAAACCAGACUAUCUUAUCUUUCAGAAGUACUUACUUAUCCAAUUUACUGGCUUGGUAAUCAAUCACUAUGAAUAUUUACUUAUUUUUCUUAAUUUUCGACAGUCUGAAAUAGACUACCAAUUACGAGCAAGAAUAAUUUAAUAUAAUAUAAACAAAUACCAGGUAUAAUUAAGUUCGUAUGUUUAGUAUCAUGUAUUUAGCAGCUUAAAAUAUACAUAAGCAAUGCCCUGAAAUAUUCAGGUAAUGUAACCGCUUGACUGUAUUCAUUUAUAGAAUCACUAGAGUGAUAAUAAUGUAAUUUAUUGUGAAAGCUACUUAUAUUUGUACAAAAUCGGGAGCAAAUUCUUAAUUAUUCUACGCUUUAUAUUUUUACUAUUGUUUCAAAAGCAAGCGCGACGUUCGUUGAAUGUAAUUGAGAAAAUAAUUUAAUUGGUUUACUGAUGUACAAGCAUAAAUAUCCGAAAAAAACAAAUAUCUUCCUAUCUUCUUCAAUCUUCUUUGGUGUUACACCGCAGCAACAUCUCCAAGUCUCUUUAUCAACCAUGUCAAUGUCUCAUUUCUUUAAAUCGGAAUUGCACAUACAAUUUGGCACCUGCUUGUCGAUGUUGUACCGUUGUAACACUCGGUUAUGUAAAAUAACAUUCACAUUGUAUAAGUACCUAUUAUUCUCAAAUAAAUGUGAUCAAGCACUAAAUGUACAAAGUUAAUGCAAUACAUCUUCCAAGGAUGUGUCUUAACGUAAUUAGGACACAGACAAAGGCCGAUAUCUUCCAAUAUCACAACUGAACUUUUUGAAACACUAUCAUUUUAAGUAACUACAUCUAACUAAUAUGUAACGUUGUAUAAACUUCAGCAAUUAGAUACAUGUAGGCAAUUAUGAUGUGAUAAUUAUCGACAUUACAUAAACUUGUGAAAGGCGCAAGUCGAAGUAUGCACAGUCAUUGUUUUAGCAACUUUAGUUCCAUUCUACUGUGCAGCGAAUAAAAGCAAUAGUUAAUAGAUAUAAUGAGAACUUAAAUGCUAUUUUAUCUAUGGGUGUUGUUACAUAGUAGGUAUGUAUAUUAUUCUGCUGUGAACUAAAACAAUGAUCGGUAGCGACACUUUGCAGAGCGCCUCUGUGAUACACGUUAGCUAAUUAGAAUUAUAGGAGUCGUCGGUUCAUAUUCAUGUACUCGCAAUCUGAUGUUAUUCUCGAUAUGGGUUGCCUCCUGCGUCUCGUCAUACAUGACAUUACAGUUAUUGAUUAUAUUAUUGUAUUUAUUCACUUUAUUAA